AUGAAGAAAGUUUUGCUUCACUUCCUUACUUCCAUCACUGUGCUUAACUCAGCCCCUACUGCUUUGGUCAACGACUCAAAUAUAAACUCGAACUCUAAUGCCUCCAUCAACGACUCACCUUUAAACUCAACCUCUUCUGCUUCAAUCCACGACUCACUUAUGAACCCAACCUCCAAUGCCUCUAUCAGCGACUCACUUUUGAACUCAACCCCUACUGCUUCGGUCAACGACUCACUUACAAACUCAACUUCUAAUGUCUCGAUCAACGACUCACAUUCCAAGUCAACCACUACUGCUUCCGUUAACGGCUCAGGAGUGGACAGAACACUUGUUGAUCGGGAAGAAGGCAUGCCACAGUUCCGAGGUGAACAAUGCACUUUUGAUGUUUCCAGUAAAGCUCAUUGA